AUGUGUUACGAGGUGGAUGCGAACGGGAGCGAAAUCGGUGACUUUACGCGAUUUGAUAAUGGAUGUGUCGCUGUUGUCCAAUCUUUUGACGAAAUCUGGGACAACAAGAAUUUUCAUCGUAUAAUAAACCAUGUCCGAGGCGAGCGUAUGGAAAUCUAUUCGCAUGCGAGUGAUCACCUGAUUUAUCACGGUGAGUUCAACGAGAAGCGAGAACGAGAAGGAUGGGGCAUCGCGUAUGACGAUAAAACGGGUGCCAUGCUGCUCGAGGGAAUCUGGAAGGGGAACAAGCUGGUGGAGAUCAUCCGCAAGAUCGAAGGAACCAUCAUGACGGAGUUCAAGCGAAACGGUAACAACACCAUCGCUUCGAAUCGAAUUCCCCUGUUUGUGGGUGAAUUCGUUUAUGAUGAAUCGAAAGAAUCGUUUCUUCGAAAUGGUCGAGGAUACUGGAUCGAUGAAGAAACUCGGAUUGCUACUCGCGAAGUGGAAUGGAAAGAUGGAGUGGAAGUGAGUGGAAGAGAUCUCUAUGAUGGAUGGCAUAUUCAUUCAUUCACUCACUCAAUAUUGUUUAUUUAAUACUAUUGCUAUGUUAAUCACAUUGCAUUUCA